AUGAUAUGGUUCAAACUAUUAUUAACCGUACAAUACGCUUUGCUGGAACGUUUACAAUUUUCAAGCUCGAAUAGAAAUUCUUUUAUAUUAAUACCACCCCCGCUAAGUGAUUCGUCUGAACUAACGCACAUACUUAAACGCCGUCAAAUAAUUAUAGAUACUCAGGAAGCCGGCAUGGAGGUACCACACAACUUCCAGGUGGUCAAUGUGCACACGGAAUUUCACGAAUUUUCUCGAAAACAAAUCAAAGAUUAUGAAAAAAACAUUUACCACUGUCCCUGCUUGAGUGCCGCUUGUGAGGACUUUUGCCCGUUCCCUGGUCCGAUAGAUACACCAGUUUCACCGCCGCAUUUUGACAGAGAACCGCUAAACAGUGCUGCGGCUCCUUUAGAGUAUUCCGAACAUAAUAGCUCACUGGGAGCAACACAAGAUGUUGAUCGUCGUCAGCUGCAUUUACCACCAUUUGGAAAAUUGGGGCUUAGCAAAGAGAAAUCCCGUCAAUUGGAUAUUGAUCAUUGGAAUUUAAUAUCAUUAACCGGUUCACCGGGAGCAAAUGAUCUUGAUAAAAAGUCUUGGUUAUCAGCGUCGGCAGAUGAGUUUAAAUCCUUGUCAUCAAGUGACGUAGAUUAUCGUAGAAUCGGUCAAAAUAUUAAAACUAUUGAGACCGCAGCGUUGACUUCAAUUACCACUACUACAAGUGCUACCACGACUAGUGAUGUUUCUGAGGAAAAUAAAGCUUUUUCCGGCAAAGAGACUUCCAUCGCUUCACCACAAAAAGAUAAUAAAAGCCCUUCUGCCCUUUCAAAAUUUAUGCAGACUCUACUUAUAGAUUUCAGCAGUUUUCCCGACAUAUCAAAAAUCUGUAGUCCCGCAAUGCCUUUGAAAAUUAUCUUAACACGAUCGAGACAUUGCAUACUUUCAAGAACCAAUAGCUCAAUGUCACAAACUAAUAAGGCGGAUAGCAUGGGUAUCAAACCCAAAGGUGAAUCAGUCAUCGAGAUGUUUGGACCAAUCUUUUGAAGGAAUUAUUUUAAACGUUUAGAAUUAAUACUUUGCGUUGUACAUAAAUUAAUUGUUGUUGUCGUAACUGUUGAGCAUGUUGACACGACGUAGGCUUGAGACUGGGUGUUGACGUGGGUUUCAUGCUAACUGUUACUGCUGACUUUGCAGGAGGCUUUGUUGCCCUUGUCUCAACCUUUUUAAAUUCUACUACACCUUUAUUCUCGCCGAAACAAUAGAGAUUUUCAAAUUUCCCAAGAACGGCUGCAGUCUUUGUAAUGAACUUCGUUUCCACAAAUUCGUCUCAGACAGUUCAAUGAAAUUUAAAAGAUACAUUCCAACAUUAUUACUUUUGUUUUAGAAAGGCAUGGUCACGGGUGGUGGACCUGCGACCAUACGCGAAUUUUCCUGCACAACAUUGUCACAAUCCACCAAAUCGAUGAUCGGCACGUUUGUGUCGAUUGUUACUAUUUCUUUACGGUUUGAUGCCAUUUCUAAUGCUUAUUAAAUUUCUCUCUACUUUUCUCUUUUUUUUUUGCUUUGCUUGUGUUAAAAAACAAGGAAAAAUACAUUUAAAGUUCAAUGUUAUAUUUUUGCAAACCCACUUUAAGCUCACAUUUUAUUUAGGCAAAACCUUUAAAUUAUUUAUUCAGCGUGAAAAUAACAAACCGAACAAAACAACAAGCGCAGGCAUUUGUAUAUAAAACCUUCUGAAUUUUGCAUA